AUGAACUUUGUGAAACUGCACACAAAUACUUGUUUCAUCUUUUUGGGAUUACUAUCAGCAUUAACAUGCCAGAUGCUAGAAAACGAAAACCUGAUUCAAUUAUCCGAUCGAGAAAAAGUGGAAGCGUUAGUUAAGCAGUGGGCACCGUUAGUCUGGUUAGCGCCCAAUGAAAAAUAUAUGCCCGGAGAUGUGACAGAAUUUCUUAAGCAUGUCCACGCCGAAGAAGCUAAAGUAGUAACAGUAUAUCCAGGCAGUGAAAUUACAGAAUUUGACGAUCUCAACAACUACGAGAAUGGGAUUGACAGCGAGAUGUCCUAUUAUGAUCCAGCGGGCCAGUUACGACAAGGACGUUUUCGUAACAAACGAAAUUUCAAAGAUUCUUCAAUAUCGUUGGAUUUGCUUUUCGACUUUUCUAUUGGAAAUGAAUCGAAAAAUUGGUACCUCGUGACCAACAACGAUAUUGAAAAGCUAAUUGCAGAGAAAGAUUCCUUUCUUUAUGGACAGAACCCUUUGAAUGAAAAUGUGCCAAUCUAUGCGGUGAUCAGUAUGUGCAAACACUCGUCAUCGAAUGCAAUAGAUAACAUCUUACAAUUUUCUUUACCAACAACAACUGCCCUAUACCCAUCGACUAAUUUGAUACAUAAUGCGAAUAAACAAGAAAAUGAAUUGUCAUAUCCGGUAAAAGAUCGUAUAUCGUAUAUGCGGAAUCCUUACGCUCCCACACCUAAAAACAUAUUUGAACUACAGCCAAACUUACGGCAUACUACGAACAAGGUUGAAAAAAGCAUUCGGCUGAUUCGAAGAAAACGUGAAUUCCUUGAACAAACCACACUUCGCGAAGAUGAGAUGUCAAUUACCACAGAUAAAUCUCCAAUACCACAAGACAAAUUAACUAGGAGUUUAUUAGCAAGAGAGGGUACUAACGAUUCCGGUGAUAGAAGUUCCGGUAAGCAAAUUGUAAACUCGAACAAGGAUGGCUCUGUGGAAAAUAUUUCAUAUAGUGAUGAAAACGACGAAUGGGAAACGAUUACCGAGCGCAGACAUGACACUGAACGCUAUACUCAGGAAAAGUCUAUCGAAUAUCCACAUUUCCAUGUCACCUAUUGGAUGUUUUAUCCUUAUAGUCAGGGUAAAGUUAUGUGCACCAUUGAUCUGGGACCAUUCGGUCCUUGGCCAAUUCCCCUGAUUUUUGGUCUGUGUCUCGGAACCAAGAAAGAAUUCGGUAGUCAUGUUGGAGACUGGGAACAUAUGAGUCUCUAUUUUCGAGGAAGAAGAGAACCAGAUGAAAUGUAUGUUUCGGCCCACGAUGCAGGUGCAUUCUAUUCCUACGAAAGGCUUACCGGGACAUUUGAAUAUCAUAGCCAAGAAACUAGAAAGGGAAUUUUGCAACAACCAACUUUUCCAAAAACAGUAGUAACGUCAAAUAACCACCCAGUGCUAUUUGCUGCGGAAGGAUCUCAUGGUCUCUGGACAGCACCAGGGAAACAUAAAUUUGUUCGCGUCCCUAGGUUGUACGACAUAAACGGAUUCGGUAUGCCAUGGUCGACAUGGAAGAAUGUUCAAAUUAUUCACGAAAAUAGUGGUAAAGGACACAGUACUCCACAGCCAAAAUGGAUGAAGUUCAAUGGACGCUGGGGAAAUCCAAAAACAAAAUGUCAUCCGUUGAAACGUAUCGGAUUGCACAUAUGUGAACUGACCGAUGGACCAACCGGAAUUCCACGAAAAAAACAUCAUUUCAAAUGCAAGCGAUAA